AUUUAAGUGAUUUUCUAGCAUGGACACUGUUGCUAGCCAUAGUUGUCAUCUUCUCCAGCAGCUACAUGAACAGCGCAUUCAGGGUCUUCUCUGUGACUGCAUGCUGGUGGUAAAAGGUGUCUGCUUCAAAGCACACAAAAAUGUAUUAGCAGCUUUCAGUCAAUAUUUCAGGACCCUUUUCCAGAAUUCUUCAGGCCAGAAGAAUGAUGUCUUUCACUUGGACAUUAAAAAUGUAGGUGGGAUAGGCCAGAUCUUGGACUUCAUGUACACCUCUCACCUGGAUCUUAGCCAGGACAACGUACAAGCUAUGUUGGAUAUUGCACAGUGUCUCCAAGUGCAAAAUGUGCUGAACAUUUGCCACACCUUUUUAAAAUCUUCUACAGCUGUAGAGCAAACAGCCAGCAUGCCUUGUAAUAGUGUAUUUUCGCUGCAGAAUACUAUCACUGCAGAUACUAGCUGUGCCAAUGACAGUUAUGGGACAAACCUGUUGCAUGAAUGCUCAUCUGACACACAAAGUAAUAAAGUCUUGGCUGACCACCAUUCUCCUGCAUCGCAGUCUGUCAAUCUUCAUGCACCCUCAGGUGAUGUACAGAAACAACCACAGGACUCCUUAGAUGGCAACUGCACAGAACUUCCAUUUAAACAACCAAAUUACUAUUACAAACUACGCAACUUUUACAGUAAACAGUUCUAUAAGCAAAAUGCUUGCUCUAAUCAUGAGAGAGGAGCAGAACAAUCCUUUUCUUACAACGCGUCUACAGAAAUAAACACAGAGAAUAAUUCUUGUACUGUCAAUCACUCUGAGUGUAUUCUGGAAACCUCUGAUCAUUUACCAUCAAACUUUCUGGUUCAAUCCUUGAAUGAAGCUGCUCCAGACCAAGAUGCAGAAAGCAUGCUUAUGCAGCCCACCAAACAGAUGCGGCUGAAAAAGGCAAUACACCUCAAAAAGUUAAAUUUUCUAAGAUCGCAGAAAUCUGCAGAGCAGCCGCCUGAGCCUAAAAGAGAUGACAGUAGAAUAACGGCAGUAAUUGAAUCUGUAAAUGAAAGUACCAUGGACAUGACAAAUGUUAGAGUUACUGAAGAAAAAGAAGCUGAAGAUUUAGUGAAUUCUGAGAAUUUUGAACAAACUGUUGAAAUUGAAAGAUCUCAGGGCCCUUUGGAACAAGAGGGGCAAUCACAGACUCUUCAGUCGCAGAGGCAAUAUACGUGUGAAUUAUGUGGGAAGGCUUUCAAACAUCCAAGCAAUUUGGAGCUCCAUAAAAGGUCUCAUACAGGUGAGAAACCUUUUGAAUGUAACAUUUGUGGGAAACACUUCUCACAGGCAGGUAAUCUCCAGACACAUUUACGUCGACAUUCUGGUGAAAAACCAUACAUUUGUGAAAUCUGUGGGAAAAGAUUUGCUGCUUCUGGUGAUGUUCAGCGUCAUAUUAUUAUUCAUUCUGGAGAAAAGCCUCAUCUGUGUGAUAUCUGUGGCAGAGGAUUUAGUAACUUCAGUAAUUUAAAGGAGCACAAAAAGACCCAUACAGCAGAUAAAGUAUUCACCUGUGAUGAAUGUGGGAAGUCAUUCAACAUGCAACGAAAAUUAGUAAAGCACAGAAUUAGACAUACUGGAGAGAGACCAUACAGCUGUUCAGCAUGUGGGAAAUGUUUUGCAGGCUCUGGUGACCUGCGUAGACAUGUGAGGACUCACACUGGAGAAAAGCCCUAUACCUGUGAAACUUGUAACAAAUGCUUCACUCGCUCUGCUGUUCUACGGCGGCACAAGAAAAUGCAUUGUAAAGCCACUGAUGAAGGUCCAAAUACGCUAGAUGAAUUUACUCAAGGGAUUGAAACUUCUGACCUUGACAAAUCUCAGAGUUCUGACUCUUUUGGCCAAGAAAUGUCCGUUACAUUAUUACCAGUGUCCGUUAAAUUUCCCAUUCGUCCAGCUUCAAAUUCAACUGAAUUUGAUAGUUCUGCGGAUUCUUACUGUAAGCUGCGAUCAAUGAUUCAACACCAUGACUCAGCAAACCAACAGAAACUGAAUGUCGAUUCUGCUAAACUCCCAAAAGCUCAGACACAGCAAACUCCACCACCAUAUGCUUAUGCAGAUGUAGAUGUAUCUUCUGCAGAAGAACCCUUACAGUCUGAUAACAUUCCCAUGAUUCGUUCCUCUAUGGUUAGCUUGGACAGUCAUUGCAAUGAUCCGCUAGGCAGUCGAACAUCAUCUGCUGCAUACAAGAAUAAUGAAGGACCGUUCUUCUCCAGCAUGACCCUCUGGGGUUUAGCCAUGAAGACCUUGCAGAAUGAAAGCGAAUUGGAACAAUGAGGGCUCAGGUGACUGUAUCAAAACUUCUUAGAGGCAUUUCAUGCUAAAGUGAUUGCGAUUGCACUGCAGCAUAGCGAGAUCAGAGCUAGGUUUUAAGCCAACU